AUCGAAAUGAAUGCCGCAUAAACGUGUUUUACGUUCGGCAUUCGAUAAUACAAACAAGUCUAAAAUAAGUAAUAGUACUUGUCAUUUGAAUCAACAUGGAUAAUAAUCUUCCAGAUUUAAAAGCAAAUGAAACCGUGCAGGAGGAUCUUUCUAGCUUGGACAAAUUAACACAGUCUUAUUUGUUGUUAAAGAAAAAAAUUUGUGGAACUAAUGAAUUAAUUAAACAGUAUAAUGAUAAACUGAAAGAAUGCGAACGUUUAAAAACAGAUUUAGAUGCAACAAGUAAAGAGGCAAAGAAAGUAACUUGCAAUUAUAAUUCUACAUUAGCAAAAGUUAUUAAAUUAGAACUUCAAAAUACAGAAUAUAAAAAAAAUAUUCAUUCUCUGACACAACAAGCAGAAGAGCAUAAAGUAAAAACAGCAGCAGAUCAGCAACACAUACAACAAUUAAUAUGUAAAAUAAAAGAUUUAGAAAAAAAUGAAGACAGUAAAAUUAUGCAGUAUGAUUUAGAAAAGUCUUCACUUCAAGUAAAAAUCAAGGAAUUAGAACAAGAAUUAAAAGCUGUAAAGAAAUCAUAUGAUACAAAAAUUAAGAAGAUAGAAAAGAAAGUCCCUGUAGAACAUGAUAACAAACCAAAAUUAAAAGAAGCUGGGACAAAUACAGUACUCACUAGUGAUGAAAUACAACAAAAACCAAAAUUAAAAGAAGCCGGGACGAAUACAGUACUAACUAGUGAUGAAAUACAACAAAAACCAAAAGUAGCAGAAAAAUGUGUUAUGACCCAUGAACAGUACAGUGUUAAAGAUGAUGUGUAUCCUGUAUUCUGUGGUAAAUGUGAAGUGCUUUUAGAACCACCACCGCUCGAAAAAAUAUGUAAAAUUAUGACUAAUUCAUGUCCAAAACUUAUUGAAAAAAUUUCAUCUCCAAAGAAAGUAUUGCCCCAUCCACCAGCGCCACCUGAAGUCAACUGCUAUGAACCUAAAAAUUCCACAUUGCCAAAUACUUCCUCCCCUUUAAAGACUCAAAAUAAUCAUCCAAACUUUAUUCCUACAAAUUUAUUAUCCCCGCAAGUUACAGCAACGCCGAGCCGUUCUGAGUAUUGCAAUAACUUUGUGCCAGUAUCCAAUAAUUUAAUGAAUCCAGGUGCUUAUUAUAUUGGGCCAAUGCCAGUGAAUGCUGUACCGUUGCCAAAUUUAAAUACAGUUAAUCAGAAUUCUGAUAGUAUGGCAACAGUGGCAUCUUCAUUGUCAAUUAUUUCUUCUUUACAAAAGAAGAUUGAUAGUCUAGAAACAAAGAUUGAGAAAUUAAAUAAGGCAAAAUCAAGACAAUCUAGUGAUUGCUGUCAACAUCACCCAAACACUUGCAUGUAUGAUAUGAAUAGUUCCAUGCAGUUUAAUUUCAUGGAAAUGUGGAAAAGAAUGGCAGAUUUCUAUGAGAAUAGGAACAAGGAAAGAGAACCCUCUGAUACGCAUAAACGUCAUAGUAAGAAAUUAAAUAAUUAUAAAGUACCUCGGUUAAAAUCUAAAAAAAGGUUACAGAAUGCGCACACUGACCGGUGGAAGGUCGAAUCAUUCUCAAGAAAAGUUGAACGAAGUCCUUCUAGAAAAAGGCCUAAAAAACGCAAGAGUAGGUAUUCAUCUCUUUUCGAUGAUGCUGAUCAUACAUUAAAUAAUAGCGAAGAUCUAGAAAAUUCAAAUAGUGACUCAGACACAAAUUCAUACGCUGAGGUGUUCCUCGAUAAUACCAAUAGUAAAACAGACACUAGCAUGGGAUCUAAAAAUUCAUCCUGUACAGAAAUGUCUAAAUCACCUUCAAAAUCUAACACCUCAAAAACACCCACCUGUUCUAAUCACUCUACAGACAUAGACGAAGUGGAGACUGUAGAAACCAUUAGAAAUUCAGUCGAAUCUAAUAAAUCAGUGGGAGGAGAAACUGACUCAGGAAUAUUAUCAGACUCUGUCGAAUCUAAUAAAUUAACGCAGCUCGAUGCUGACAUAGAUACAUGUCAAGUACGUAAAAAUAUAAUAAAAGUUAAGUCUUCCAUAGUAAAUAGGUCAUUUAUUAGAAAUGUUAAGUCAGUAGUAAAACCUAAGCUACCGGAAAGGCCUCAGAUAAAAACAGCGUUACAUUUAACGGAGUUUAAUAAACCAAAAGAAGCAGACACUGGCCCAAAAACACCAACACAGUCAAAUGAGUGUAAUGAAAAAGAUAAAAAUGUAACCAAAGUAUUACAAGAUGAUAAAACAGUUGAGAACGCCGCUAGUACUUCUACUGCAAGUACCACUGGAAGAAAAAGAAAAAUAGAUGAACUUCAAGAGCAGAGAAACUUUAAUAAAAGAGUAAAUUUAUUGAAAAAGAUAAGGAAUAUAAGGAAAUGUAAUAGAACUAUAAAUAGUGUGAGCCAAAACACUUCUUAUCAUCAGGAUAUACAAAAUUGUGAAACUGAAAAUUCUCGAACUAUUCCAGAACAAAAAAAUUUAGGCGAUGACACGAAUUUAGUUAAAGUAGAGGAUUAUACACCUAAAAAAAGACCUCGUAUUGCACAUGUACCUAAAAGUACAGUAACUGAUCAUACGUAUUCAUCAAAUAAUUCGUUGCAAGUCAGAAAAUCUGUGGAAAAGAAUGUAGAAGAUACAGAGUCAGAGUUGCAAACUAUUUCUGCUAAUAGUGAAAGUAAUCAAAACACUAUUACAGAUAAAACAAAACUGCAGGAUAAUGACAUCAAUUUGAAUAAAUUGAAGAAAACUAAUAAUGAACUUGCAGAAGAAAACAGUGACAAAACAGAACAGUUGAAAGCAAUUUCAUUAAACAGAGUUGAACCUGCUACAGAAAAAUCUGCAGAAAAUAAUAGUGAGGAAACUACUCCUGAUAUUACAAAUGUACCAAAUGGGCUAGAAACUAACAGUUUGUCAAAUGUAGACCUAAAUAGCUGUAGUUAUUCUAAUAGUAUUAUUGAAUCUGAUAUUAAUGAUUCUGUAAAAGAGAUAGUGAAAACAGAGCCUGAAUUAAACAGUUCUGAUUGUCUGGAACCAGUAAAUGACUCUGAUGGUAUCCUUGAAUCUGAGAUCAACAAGUCUGUACAAGAACUUGUGGAAACAGUGACAGAACUAGAAAAUCAAUGUAAAUCUUUGGAUCAGGUAAAUGAAAGCACAUCUGUACCUAUUCUGGAAAGUAAAACCCCAGUUAAAAAGGAACGUGUAGAGUCGGAACCAUCUCAAAAAGAUCAUAAUGUUCACGAAAACUUUAUUGAAGAGUCGCGUGGUGAAUCAGAUUUUAGUGAUAAUAAAAGUAACGAUUCAAUGAAUGUUUCAAAUACUUCUACUCCUAAAAAUAAUGUUGUUACGCGUAAUGCAGAUAUUGUACAAAUUACAGAACCAUGUAGUUCUAAUAAUCCAGUAUUAAAUGAGAAAAAUGAAGAUUGUACUAAGAAUCAAGUAAAAAAAGACAUUACCGUAAAUACUAAAAAGCCAAAGAAACCUAUAUGGCUAAAUUCAAAAGGUUCCAGUAAGUCACCUUAUGCACUUCAGAAGUUAAAACAAUAUAUCAAUGAAAAUAAAUCUCCAAGGACUUAUCAAAGUCAAUAUAAACAAAUUUUACCUAUCCGUUUGUUAACUGAUAAAUAUAUUAGGAGACAAUUGCAGAGGCUUAUGGAUAACGAGUGGCAAACUUCAGUGCACUGGGAUGUAAUAGAAAAAUUAAAAUGUGCAUGCAGUCCACGCAUCAUAGCAAAAGGAAUUGUGGAGUUCCUGUCUACAGAAACAGGGGAACAAUUAGAUAAAAGUCAUACACCACCAGCGCCAUUAAUGACAAAAACACAGCAAAGAAUAGUAGCAUUAUUAGUUGACUUAGGAGAAUCAGAACCGACAAUUUUCCAGUUUGUACAAGCUGGUAUCGAGUACAAAUUAUUUAGACUUAAUCAAACCAUAAUGAAACAAACUAUAGAAUCGCUCGCUAGGAUGUAUACGAUUCUAGCCCGAAUAAAAAAAGAUAGAGAAAAAGUAAGGAUAUUUUGUUGCGAUGCCUUGUAUUGUUUGGGACUAAAUGCUAUAAUUGUUUUAUAUACAGUACUCACAUGUUGGCCAGAAGUAUUUCCAAAUAACGAAACAAGUAGCAAAUUGUUACCAAGAUGCAUGGCGCAUAUUAUCACAUCGCAUCAGGCUGUAGGCCAUUCCAAGCUCAAUGCUUUAAAGAACUUGAUCUCAAUAUUCUAUAAAUAUCCAACGGGAACAUUAUCAAAUGAUUUGUUGAACGAAUUGUUAACAGCAUUUCAAACAAAGUCCCAUACGGAAGUUGAGACUUCUCUUAUACUUCUCGCAAAAAAGGAAGGUACAACAUGGACAUAUAAGAAUAUUAUUCGAGGCGCAUUGUUACCAAUGAUAAUUAACAACAAAGUUCCAAGCAUAUAUAGAGCAUUCUGGUUGCUUGGUAAUCUUAUGAGAGUAUUUCCAAUAGAAGACAAAGAUAACUCAGUCGGCCAAAUUGUAGAACAACUGUGUGACUUAAUCAACUCUGGAUCAGACGAACAAAACGAGGGCGUCAUCUCUGCAUUGCUAAGCUUAUCUAGGCACAAAUUCGAUGAGGUAGUGCAGAACACGUUGAAAUGGGACCCAGCUGUGCCGCUUCGUGACCGAACUAAAGAGCAGUUCAAUGGUUUAUUCAAUCAGCGUAACACAGACUUCUGGAAGAAUUACUUAAGAAGAAACAGACACCUGUUUGAAACGCGUCAGGAAAGCAAAACGUAUUCUAUGAUAUUUGAAUGCAAAUUUGCUUGGUAAAAGAUGCAGUGAAACGUAACAUUGGUAAGACCAAGUAUUCAUGAGUCCAUUGACCUGGACAGAGGAAACACUCAUUAUCGCAAUAAGGAACAUUAAAUAAUAAUUAGAGGUGUACGGACUUAUACAGUACAGCAAUUUGCAACGUACAUCGAUGCGAUAUUUCCUUCGAUCUCUAUGACGUAAAUGGAUUUCUAAUCGAUGACACGCGUUUGCAAUUGUCGCCAUUUUGCAGAGCAAACGCGUUGAUUGAAAUUGAGAAACGUCGAAUUGGAUUACAUUGGAUUGAAUCGUGUCGAGUUAUAUUACAUGGGACAGAAUCGCGUGGUAUUGUGUGGAAUUAAGAAGCGUCGAAUUAGGUCGAACCGAAUCGAUUAGCAAGCUUAUCGUUAGAGCAUUCGUUCGCGUUGAAGGAAGAACCGGUAAGCAUUUGUUCGCUUACAGUCUAAACGCAUCCUAACACUAUCCGAACGUGCAAGGAACGUUUAAAUAUUACAAUUUUUUAGCAAAAAGUGUUAUAUGUAGGUUGAAAACUACAUCGCUUUUCUUUCCAAUUACCGAAGGAAAGGGACACGGAGAGUAGGUGGCCGAGUUAAAUGUUAUCGUAGGGUGCAAUAACCUACACGAUAUCGAUAUAUAUGCUAUUUAAACAUUUCGGGAAACAAGAUUACAAGUUUUUAUUCCUUUCAAUAUAAUAAUAAUAAUAAUAAUAAAAAUAAUAAUAGAUAAUAAUAAUAAUAAUAAUAAUAAUAGAUAAUAAUAAUAAUAAUAAUAAAAAUAGAUAAUAAUAGCAAUAAUAAUAAUCAACAUACCGUAAGCUUCCAUACGCAGAGCACGCUAAGUUAAUACAUGUACAUGGUUUCUUUACAAAAAUAAUAACAAUGUUUCGAUGCAACAUUGCGGAUCCAUUAAUCAAUCUCGUCUAGCUAAAUGACACUUUAGCAGCUUCCUUUGGAUAGAUAAACUUUCGUACAAUCCCGCGUUUAUCGUUCGCGUUCCCUUUUUUUAGGGAAUGAACGGUUGAUACGCGCGCAUGCGUACGCAGGCACGCGCGCCUCAUUCAAACUCUGAUAUUCUCGUCCUUCCACCUUUGUUAAAUAAACUACUUAUUUGUCAGUUAAUCGACAUUGUCUUUGGUACAUUUACAACGAACAGCAUACCGCGACAGAGAGAGGAGUACGGAUUUGGUAUGUCGAACGGGGUACCUACCAUCCGCCGUCACAUAUAAAGCGCACGCAAUUCACGAGAAAAUUUCGUUUUUUUGGAGACCAUUCGCGUGUCUCCGGGCGCGAUGGUUUCCGUCCAGAAAUUAAAACGAAACGAAACAUCAUAAGAAGAAACAGACACGGAAAAACAAAAAAGAAGCAAACAAGAGAAAACAAACGGAAAGAAGAGAAAGGGAAAGCGAAGCCGAUCGGAACGAUUCUGAAUUCCAUCGGCGAUUCGGUGUAUUCGAAUCGUUCCGAUCGACUAUGGCCAACUUGCAUGGCGAGAUCUUUCUUCAAGGAUAGAUCUCGACGAGUCGACCAAAAUGAAAACAUUAUUCCAAUUUCUUUCGUCUUUGCUCUUCCCUCAUCGAUGGAGCAACAAAACACGUCCUUCUCGUGUCUGCCUUUUCCUUGUUCUUUCCCUCUCUUCGGUUCUCUUCUUCGUCUUGGUCUUCGCGCGAUACACGACCACGGCGCUGUCUGAUGUACUAAAAUGCCACCACUGUCUACGUUUAAACGGUCGUUUAAAUCGCGGUUUCGAGUCAUUGCUCUCGACUAUUACGUUUAACAAAAAAAAAUUUUCAUUCGCUCGAGAAAUUUCAAAGUUCACACUGCCCAGAGCAAUCACUCGAUCGCGCGGCGAUGUUAACGUUACAAGCUGACACACUCGCAGUCCUACCUAUGAAUUUACUUACAAUUUUUUCGUACGAAACUUUUGUUAAGGCCCUUUUUGUUCCUCAAUCGGUCGUUCGUUGUUCGAGUAACUGCUCUCUAGACAUAAUCUUCUUUUCGAUAUGUUUUUGACUCGACUUGACUGCAAGAAAGUUCUGCGACGAGCAGUUACUUGAACUGGCUAAAUUGUUCGCUAACAAACAUAGCGAUGGACAACUGCAGCGUGCACAAAAGUAAUGAUAGCCGAUUACUCAAUUUGAAAAUUUGGAAAUUUUCAAGUUUCUAAACUUCAGAUUUCCCCAUAUAAAUUUUCAAAUUUCUAAAUCAUUUUGAAGUUUCGUAAAAGCUUAAAUGUCUCUGUCUCCAAAUUUUCAAAUACGACAAUUUGAAAUUUUCGUGUGUCUGUAAAGCACCGUGCACACCGCUCGAGGAUUCGGUAUACUGUCCAUCACCGAGCAAAUUGAAAUUUCUUAGCCGGACGAAAGAGGACUAUUCAACCGACUGAAGAACAACGGAGGUGCCAGAAUAUGAUGGCUCUGCGCGUAAGACAUUGCGUGCUUCCUUUUUUCUCGUAAAUAAUAAAUUGUGUGUCCUUAAAUCGAUAUCGUUAACCAAAAUAACGCGAUAGCAUUAGGAAUAAACGCAUUAAUCUGUGAUCGAUAAUAAUAAUUAAAAAAAGAAAGAAUAAUUAAAUGACCGUAACUAAUGAUCAUAAUUAGUAAUUAAUAAUUAUAUCGUGUGAUAAUUAAUAAUCAAUGGAAAUAAGAAUAAAUUAGGAACCAAGUACAAAGCAUGUGAGAAGUAUGAUUCGAGGGGUGGUUGGGAGGGAGGGUUUUUUUGUAGGAAAUAAUUAAAUUAGAAUUAACGUUCUCCGCGUUAAUUAGGACUAUUUAUAAAUUAUAUACACGGUCACGAUACCAACUCGUCCCCGUGAUACACUUUUAGGCCACCUAGAGUUCCCUUUCACGUCGGAACCUGUCUUGCGUGUGUCUCGUUUUCUAUUUCUACUCUUUCGAUCUCCUUUUAUCUGUUUUUAUUUUCCCUCGCUUCGAUUUCGAUCUCCUUCGGUAGGCAGUGCCCGACAGAAACGACUUCGAAACGAAAGGAGAAAAACGCAAGUUUCCGACACGGCAAAGAAACCACGAAGCGUCGUUGUCGCCGGGUCACGACACGUUCGAGAGAAAGUAAUAUUAUAGACGAUUCUUUUUUUUCAAGCGUUUGGAAGCUUUCUCACUACUCCACGGUAUCUACAAAAUGUACAAAUCGCCAUCGGAAUACGGGACAGAUAUCUUAUAGAACGUUCACAUGGUACCAUGUAACUGAUCUUACCAGAAUUAAGCUGACUCCGUAUGCAAAAAUAAUAUGAACACAUAGCAUGUAACUUUUUCAUACAUCUUUUUUGAGGAAACUGACUUUGAAGAUUUGUCAAACAUAUGUUGCAAACUGCAGAUGUUUAUGUAGAUUUUAAAAAUACUGUCUCACUGUUUCUGUAUAUUUUUCUUCUUUAAAGACAAAAAAAUUUCAUACUAUAUUAUCAAGUUACCAUUGCAUAGAGAAUGACCUCUUUUCUGCCUGUAUGAUUAAUUACAUAAUACCUUGCAUAUAUUUAUACAUACUGUUGAGUCAUCCCAUAAAAUAAUGUCGUUUCCUUAGUCAAUCAAUGAGGGUGAAUUAACACUUACUGUUACUUUACAUUAUUUGUAUGUAGAUCAUUUUCUGAGAAAAUUCUAUUCAUCACUUUUUAAUAGACUGCUAUUUCUUGAAAUAUUGAAAUAGUAAACUUUUCUCCAGUUAAAUAAUUUUGUAAUUAUCAGAAUAGAAUUGAAGAACGAGAUACUGUAGACAAAGAAAGUAGUGGCACACCCAGUUCUGAGUAUAACAAUAUUAAUGGACUGAAGAAAUAUAGUUAUGGAAUCCUGCGAUGCUUUAAUAAAUGCUAUAAUAUAACGUGUAAUAAAUGCAAUCUGACAUUUUCCAAGUAAAUGCAAGAAUACAAAGGAAUUACAAUACUUUCUACAUCCACGGUAUAUGGCAGUUGAAAUGUUAUAUAUUGAAAAUGAACUGUAUUCAAAAGUAACGACAUUACUUCAAGGACAAGCUCAUAUAUCUUUCUGCAGCAUCGAGGGGCGUCGCGACGCGAUGAUGGAUUCAGUAGGACCUGAACGUAAUUUUCUGGAGUCGCGAUCGAUAACUCGGGUGAUUUUCGCCGCGCUAGCAAUCGACCCUGCCAUUCCUGGCCGACUCGGGUCCCGAUAAAUUUAUUUGUCAAAUGUCACUGCGAGUGGCAAACGCGGUGUCACGCGGCUUAAUUAAGCGUCGUCAUGAUUGUAGUUUGUCCGCUACAAUUGUCGUAAUUACUCUUCAGAUAAAUUUAACGGAUGAACACGAAUCGGCCGGCCCUGUACACGGAUUAAUUUACUAUUUACAAACGAGACAGAGGGAGAGAAGUUUUCGCAGCGCGACGAAGAGCCAGAAAAUUCGAAUAAUCGCAUCGAGUCAUCGACGCCGCCUUCUUCUUUUUUUGACGAACAAUUAACGAACCGACUCUCACCGAGGCCUAACGACACGUUCGAAUAAAUUAAACGACGGUGUAUUGUGCGAACGAAAACACAUAUGCUUAAACGAAAUAAAUAAUUACGUCUGUAUAUUAAAUAAACUAUGUACGCGUUUUACAUACAUUUACAACGAAACACUUGGAAGGGCAAGUUGUGUCCUGCGAAUUAACGAAACACGCGAUAGAGAUAGAAAUUUGUAUAACUGGCACGAAAGAAAAGUAAUCAACAGAAACUGCGAGGAAGAACGAACGGUUUCUCUCGUCGAACGUGGACGCUUUUCGUUUUUUGACGGACGUCGAAA